AUGUCCUCCCAAUUCUUCCCAGAGCGUAUCACAGUGCGGCCGAGGUACCAGCACUUCCCCAUGGAUCUGCUGGCAGUACCACCUCCUGCUUACAUCGCAUUGCAUCGCUCUUCGCCUGUUUCGGUUGUAGCCGGCGUGUCGCAGUGGCCGCGUGUGCCUCUGGCCUGCAUCUCUGGCAUCUCUGGCGCGAGGGCCCUGCUCGAGCGGAGGCAAGCCGAAGGGCUGCAGGCCGCCCCGGAGGAGGACUUCAGCGACGAGACUGACAGUGAUUUUGAGGCAUUCUGA